AUGAGCGAUGAAGUCACUGGCCACUGCCCAAUCUCCCCCGCCCUCUGGUGCAUGGCGUGGGCUAAGCUGUCCUCCUGGCUUCCCACUCCAGUCUGCCUUUCUGUCUCAAUCGGACUCCAGGUCUCUCCCCAUUUUCUGCCCCGACGGAGGGGGGCUGUGGGAGAACUGGUUGUGAGGAGGGACCUGGAACCCCGCAGAGCUUCAGCCUUCCUGGCCCAGGGGCUCCGCGCUGAGGCGCCCCUGCGCCCUGCCGCGCACCUGCCUCCGGGGCAGCGCUCUGGGCCUCGGGGUGGGGUGAGGCCAGCGCCUCCCCCUUGUCAUGGUUCUUCUUUCUCCUUCAGUCCACGUCUCUCAUGGAAAAGAAUCAUGAACAUCUUGUUUCUGCCAUUGAUCUCAUCAAGUUUUGCUCGUCGGGCGAAACAUGAAAAGUACAUUCAUUUUUUGGAUGAUGCGCCCCAGAUGCCCCUGCACAGUUUCAAUUGGUCUCACCUGACUCCUCUUGAGCUGCGGAGCCGAGCUGUGGGACUUCAGACUGGAAGCACGCACGGGAGUGGGCCCUACUUCACACUGGAGGGCCAGAGGUUCCUGAUCUUCGGGGGCUCCAUCCACUAUUUCCGGGUGCCCAGGGAGUACUGGAAGGACCGCCUCCUGAAGCUGAAGGCCUGCGGCUUCAACACCGUCACCACCUACAUUCCAUGGAACCUCCACGAGCCACAGAGAGGCACGUUUGACUUCUCUGGGAACCUGGACCUUGAGGCCUUUGUCCGGCUGGCUGCAGAGAUUGGGCUGUGGGUGAUCCUGCGUCCUGGCCCCUACAUCUGCAGUGAGAUCGACCUCGGCGGCUUGCCCAGCUGGUUACUGCAGGACCCCAGGAUGACCCUGAGAACAACCCACAAGGGCUUUGUGGAAGCAGUCGAUCGAUAUUUUGAUCAUCUGAUUGCCAGAAUGGUUCCUCUCCAGUACCGCCAGGGAGGCCCCGUCAUCGCCGUGCAGGUGGAGAACGAAUACGGGGCGUUCUCGGUGGACCCAGAGUACAUGCCUCAUCUUCAGAGGGCCCUGCUGAGAAGAGGGAUUGUGGAGCUGCUCCUGACCUCAGACGCGGAUGGCGAAUACCAAAAAGGCAGCAUAGAAGGAGUGCUGGCCACCAUCAACAUGAACUCAUUUCAGAAGUAUUCCUUGAAGAACCUUCAUAGUAUGCAGACAAAUAUGCCCAUUAUGGUUAUGGAAUUCUGGGUCGGCUGGUUCGACACAUGGGGAGAUAAACACAUGGUUAAAGACGCCCACCAUGUUGAAACGACUGUGUCUAAAUUCAUCAGAUUUAAGAUCUCCUUCAACGUGUAUAUGUUCCAUGGUGGAACCAACUUCGGUUUCAUAAAUGGGGCCACAAAUUUUGGGACGCACAAAAGUGUUGUCACUAGCUAUGACUAUGACGCUGUGCUGACGGAGGCCGGGGAUUACACAGAGAAGUAUUUCAAGCUUCGAAAACUCCUUGGGUCCGUCUUAGCAUUUCCCCUGCCCCCCUUACCCAAGCCCACUCCGAAGGCUGUGUAUCCUCGUAUUCGACCAUCCCUGUUCUUGCCACUGUGGGAUGUCCUACGGUACGUAAGUGAGCCCGUCAUAUCUUAUCAAUCAGUCAACAUGGAGAAUCUUCUGAUAAAUAAUGGAAGUGGUCAGUCCUAUGGAUUCGUGCUUUAUCAGACUGAGAUCUGCUCUGGAGGUUUUCUCCAUGCUCACGUUGAAGACGACGCACAGGUGUUUUUGGGGGAGACAAGGAUAGGAACUCUGGGUUAUAGUAAUGACAACUUACACGUUCCUAAAGUCAAGGAAUGCCAGCUCCUGAGGAUCCUGGUGGAAAAUCAAGGACGAGUGAAUUUUUCCCGGAAAAUUCAAGACCAGCAAAAAGGAUUAAUUGGAUCUGUCACCAUCAAUAACACUCCCCUGCAGCAUUUCACUAUCUAUUCUCUGGAAAUGAAAAUGAGCUUCUUUGAGAGGCUCCGCACUGCCCCUUGGAAGCCUGUCCAAAGCAACCACUCAGGCCCUGCCUUCUAUCUUGGUACCUUGAAGGCCGGCUCUUCUCCCAAGGACACCUUCCUGAGCCUGCCGAAAUGGACUCACGGAUGUGUGUUUAUCAAUGGACGUAACCUUGGGCGAUAUUGGUUUGUUGGACCACAGAAAACACUUUACCUUCCUGGUGCCUGGCUUCAUCCAGAUGACAAUGAGAUCAUUGUGUUUGAAUUAAGCAACAGUGGUUCAUACAUCGAAAGUACGCAUGUACCCAAGCUUUAAGACGGUGUUGUAACGUUCUUUGUGGAUUGUUGGAGUUCGUCUACAGGCAGUUUGUCAGGAGGAAGAGGGAUGUCUAGAAUAUCAAACACACUGUUGUCUGCAAUAGCAAAUAUGUGAAAAUAAUACUCAAUAGGGAAAUUGUUAUAUAUAUUGUAGUAUAAUCAGAUGCUGCCUAUUUGUAGGCCUUAAAAAGUCUUCAAAU